GAUUCAUUUUCAUGUUGUGAAGAAUACAACUUUCUACAUCAGAUGAAAUAUAUGUUAAAGAAAGCUUAAAAAUAAGAAUAACAAAUCAUACCGCUCUUCAUUGCCAGAACCUCCGCCACCUAUUAUGAAUAAGCCCAACGCUAAAAAGAUGCAAAAUGUUAUUCUCAACAAGCUUGCAGAAAUAAAAGUUCUUUUAAAAGAAGUUAUAGAAAUUAAGUUUCAGGCUACUGGGGUGAAGUUGCUAGAAUCAGUGGACGAAGUGGUUACACUGGAUAAUAAACUAAAAGAUAAAACCGAGUAUACUAAUUUGCUUGAUAGUUUGAAAAAGAUUGGUGGUGGAAAGCCUAGAGAACAUGUUUUUUUGAUCAUGAAAAGGUUAUUUUCGAAUCAGUUACAGUCCAAAUUUAAUCGAAAAGGAAAUGGGGAAAAGAUAAGCUUAGAAAAUAUAGUAAAUAUAUGAAGUGUUUUACGAGAUAUCGGCGACAUGGAAGAAAAUGUUGACGGCAAUGCAGAAAUAUAGUUUCUUAUGUAUAUUUUUGUGAAAUAAAAAUUAAGUAAUGUUAGUUAAAA